AUGGAAGCACACGACUUUCACAUCUUGUGUUCCGGCGAUAAUCUACGAUUCGAAACUAUAGGCUUUCUCCUCGCGACGGCCGGGCGAUCGCUAACGUUCGGCUUCGUUCCGGAUAUCUUCAGUGAUCCUGCCAACAAGGACAUGAAGUUACACUUUGCCGAUGAGCUACUUCGCGCGAGUACGACCUGUCUUUUUCUCACGACGAUGCUUGCGACAGUGAACGAUGUAACGAUCUGGAUGUAUUACGAAAACUACCUAUUUACAAUCAUGAUCUGCGGCUACCAGGGUCCACCCAGUUGGCGACGGAUAGGUGAACUGUCGACACAGAUAUAUGCACUAGGUAUACAUCAAGAGAAGAAGUGCGCUCAUGCUCCGAAAUGGUUGACGGAAACACGCCGUAGGGUUUUCUGUUCAGCAUACAACCAGGACAAGUCGAUAUCCACCUUCCUUGGCCGUCCGAUACGUAUCAGCAAGAGACACACUGAUAUCGAGCUUCCACUCGACCUGGCCGAUAACGAAGUCACCGGUGACCAGGCGACCUUGGAAUCUGCCAUCGCAGCGUUGGACGAGGACGGUUGGAAUACCAAAGGCAGAUGGUUGAGAGCGUCUUGGAUCCGUUUACGUCAUAUAUCCCUCCGAAGUCGCGAAGAAAUCCUGGAAUUCUCGCUCGUCAAGAUAGACGCAAACGCGGAAGCCCAGUUACUAGAUAUAUCCGAGCGUGUACGCACUUCUUGGGAGACGCUACCCAAACAUAUGCGAUACUGGAAGACCUGUUGGGAAGACGACGUUCCCACGGUAAUCUGUCUGAUGCUGUCCAUCAUACACCUCACGCAUUGGUACAACGAGUUCAUGAUUCAAAAGCUGCUCGAUUACAGCCCAUUGACGCUCAACACUGCCCUACUGCGCGUCUCUGUUGAUCUUCUUUGCAAUACACUUACCUUGGGUAGAAUACGCGAUCGAUCAUACGAUGUUCAACGCGACAUGCUCAAUGCCCUACUGCUGUUUGGUGUACCCGCAGCGUCGGUACUUGCUACAGCAUUGCGCGAACAACAUCGAACAGGCCAGCAAUUCCCCGCUGAAAUAUCUCGCGCGGAGAUUAUUCGCAUGCUCAGCGUGCUCAUAUCACAUCUUGAUUCGGCCGCACACAUGGAAAACUCUGGAGCUAGACACGGCGAAGCCAACUACAACCUCUUUCGCAAGGCGAGCAAGAUUUUCACCAAGGUCAUUGACACAGUCUUGGACACCCGACCGGCGGAAGAGAUCACCCCAGCGAGUGCUCAGCUUGGGCUUGACCUGGAUCUGGACAUUUUCUCCGGCGCUGGAUUGGAUGGUUUCGAAGGAGGCAUGGAAUUCCCCGGCAUGGGAAUGUCACUUGGGAUGAACGGGAAUGGGAAUGGAAACUUCAGUGAUGCUGCUGAUGAUUGGGGUGCUCUCGGCCAGUGGAAUGCUUUUGGUGGGCCUGUAUAG